AUGUCAGCUUUGAACGUGUUUAGAUACUCUGCUGUGCUAUUGGGCGUGGCCGUGGGCUUGCAAACAGACCUCAGUUUGAAAUCGCAGGCUUCGAAACAGCAGGAGGAAAAAGCUUAUGCUGAGAAGCUGCAGCUAAUUGAACAGGCCAAGGCAGAAUAUGCAAAGCUGCACGCUCCAAAGAGCGAGACCAAGACCUCGAACCAGAAAGUGGAUCUCGAAGACCCCAAUUUGGACUACGCCAAGGUCAUACUCGGUGCCGUUGAGUCCUUGAAACAGUAA